AUGCCCCAAGAGGAGUGGCUUGAACUGGAAAGCGAUCCAGGUCUUUUCACACUGCUACUGGAGGACUUUGGAGUAAAGGGUGUCCAGGUAGAAGAAAUCUACGAUCUGUCUAAGCCGAUUGAUGACGUGGUUUAUGGAUUUAUCUUCCUCUUUCGAUGGCAACAAAAUCCCGACAAAAAGGUGAGGUGA